AUGAGCCAGAAUGCGACCACCAGCACCGCCAAUGCACUCGAUUUGGUGCUGGCCGAUGACUCGUAUCCAUACCAGUGCUUUCAAGACACAAAUACCUUCCACUGGAAAGGCAUUGCCUCGAGGCUCGCUGAGUCCAGACGUAGCAUUGUCGUGGAAUCGGGUGACUGGGACUCGUCACGACUCGCAAGUCAUAUCUACGAGAUCCUGUUGCGCGACAUUCUGGGCUAUGAUGUGACGAAUCGUCUGUAUUGGGGAGGAGCCGCGACGGGUGCACGACUGAGGAGCGGCGACAGCGACGUCUCCAUUGAGCUUUGGCAAGCCGACGCCUCGUAUUAUAGGGAGUAUAUAACGGUGGAACAGUCAGUGAUAUACGCCGGUCAAGUUGGCUACGUCGGAAAGAACGGGUGGUACAUUCCCAGUUGGGUUGUGGCUGCCAAUCCGAACAUCUUUCUCGAUUUUUGGAGAUCCUUGGACGACCCAAGGGCUUUGGCAGUAUACCCACGAAGCGAUAUUCCUCGACAGUGUGUCGGAAACCCAAACUGUGUCGAUCCGUCAUACAGCGUCUAUUUCAACGAACGGCUGAUAGACGGCCUUAUGCUGAAUAUCACAAUCCGAUAUCUGGGUCAAAACUAUGCAGCAAUUAUUCAGGAUGCUUUGGAUCGUCAUCAAGCAAUCAUGUUUUUCUCAUGGACGCCGGCCAUCAUGACAGCGCAAAACAACUUGACGCGGCUCCAAUUUCCAGUCAAGGAUUUGACGUGCUUGGAUCGCUUCCUUUCUGAUCGACAGGAGAGCGAUAUCACAUGCGACUAUCCCAUAGACUUUCUGUUCAAAGCAUCAAGCGUGGCGUUCCAGCGCGAUUUUCCAUACGCCUUCCAGUUGCUCGAGCUCAUGAAAAUCAGCAACGGUGAGAUUGACGCCAUGUUGAGAGAUCUGGCAGAGACAAGCAUGACGUCAAUCGACUAUGGAAACGUUGCCUGCCAAUGGAUCAACGACAACGAAGACAUAUGGGCCUCGUGGAUUCCUCCUCCACCGGUGUUGGAUGUGGAGUCUUGUCCAGUCGGACAGGGAAAGUACAACGUUGGAAGUGUCACCAUGUGUUUGGUUUGCAGCGAUGGGACAUACAACUGGAACCCAAUCAACCCAUCCGGAUGCCAGAGCUGCCCGGAACUAGCGACAUGCUUGGGAGGAUCAAACGUGACACCACAAGAAAACUUUUGGAUCGAUCCGAGCAGCUACACAGCCACAAUCUAUCCAUGUCCAAUCAGCGGUGUUUGUUGGUCAGAACCCUGGUCAAACAACAUGACAAGCCAGUGCUCAAAUGGGCUCGGAGGGCUGUUGUGCACCCAAUGUGUCGAUCAAAGCCUGUACGAAUGGGGUGGACAAUGUGUUGCAUGUCCGAACCACAUGCCUGGAAGCAUCCUGUUCUUUGUGUGGAUGGCCUCUCUGGCAUUCGUGGUCUUUGUCCACAUGAUCCCCAAAUCGUCCGGUGCCACGCUGGAUAUACUGGUGAGAACACGAUCUGAAGGCCGGGACCGCUUGUAGAAGGAC